CGCCGUUAGUGCAUGAGCAGAGAAGCCAGAGAGGCGACGGAGCAACUGCAACGCGUUGCCAGGGCUAAAUAGAAGCACGUCAGGUGAUUGUUUACCAAUUGGAUUACCUGCAAUUGUAUCUCGCCGCCUUCAUUUGUAGCAUCUCCAGAUAAUGCACCUGUCGCCACGAUGCAGGCUAGCUAUUGUUGUGUCGUAUCAUUUCCAAUAUAUUUGUUGAGGUGUCUUCUGGGGUACAGACAUGCCUGUUCAGGGCCAAUAAUAACACCGUCGUUAGAGUAGCCAGUCCGACCCUUAUCACUCAGUUUGCCCGCACACUGAAGCCAAAUCAAGUCACAUAAAAUACUGGGAAUCGUAGUACCAAUACUCUGCGUGGGGUGUUGCUCCCUUGGCGUUCCGGCACUGGCUUUUGCAUGAUGUUGUGCUGCCUCGAGAGCAAGCACUGCUGGACGCAUAUUGACCCCUGAGCCCGCAAUCACAGGUCCGGGUGGGAAACACUAACACAUGUAGAGCUUUUACGCGACACAGUGGUGUGUUUAUGUCACUACUUGUGGAUGGCCCUGCUAACAGUGUAACUGAUAGUCCAUCUUGUCCCUGAGCUCUGUCGAAGAGCGACGAAAGCACCCGAAUAAAUGGCAGUUCAAGAGUUGUUGGCGGGGAGGUAUCCAGAUCAUGUCCAUUUUUUCUAUGCCCUGUCUGGUUCCGGCUGUUCUACCACAGGUACUCACGAGGAGAGUAGAUUCCGUUUAGGCAUGGUGUGGAGCAUUGCAGACUACUGUUUGGUUCUGUGAAAAUAUCAUAACCAUCAUCAUUCAUAUAACUGAGUGAAGUAACUUCAUCUGACACCGGUUCACCUUGUCAACGGGUACCAGUCCCUGGUGUUGUCAGUGGCUCAGUUCUCUGCCAGCAACAUCGUAAUUUUGAAACUGCAAAAAUUUUUGAGAAGACAAUGCUGUCAAAUUGACGAUUCUCCUUUGAGAGUUCCGCAAAGAAACGGUAACAGGACGCGGGGUGAAGGCAACACUGCUUUGCCGAAGUAUACGUGCUUUGUGUGCUAAAUGGCUGUGCAUCCCCAAUUAGAACUGUAGGGUGACGUUGAGUUAUACUGGCAGACGGGCCAAAAGUACGGAUCCUUCGAAGCAGUUGGGCUGGGAUUUUUGUGGCAUCUUCCGUUACAUGGUUGGUCUUCUGUCGAAUCAUCUGGCACUAUUCGCAUUACACAUGCAUGCAACGUCGUCAGUAGCGAAAGCCUUGCCACCGCCGGCGUGGGGCCCCUGAAACGGGGACAAAACAAGAACGGCUUGCCGGUUUCGCCGGAAUCUGGGGUGGUCCUUCGAGAGUGGACUGGCUCUGAGCGAACCCCGUUUGUAGAAAGGGUAUUAACUGUAUCACAAUACAUGGCUGGACGAAAAGUGUGGCGAACAUGAAUUCAGCGGUUGGUGUCCCAUAAUCUAUAACUUUCAGUCAGUUCACAAUCAGCACUUUUACAAUAAUUCUAUUAUGACGUUAAACUGUUCACUGUUGAGAAAAACUAUGCAACAGCGAUGACCGCAAUAUUCUUCAGAUGUAAUGAUUGUUAUGGAGCGUGGAUGGACUAAACAGAUGCGCUGUAUGAUGUCUCCGCUGUCUCUGAAAGCCCCAGCAAUUGCGCCACCUUACGAGCUGAAGUACCCUGCUUCUGUCACUUCUUACGAGAAUUGCUUGCACCGCUGCCGCAACAGCAUCAUGGCAUGUUCACAAUGUAGGAAACCACUGGGGGAGAGUUUAACAAAUAAACCGGACUCGUCCGGUGGCAAUAACGAUUCAGAGUUGCGACGGAGAGAGCAUCUGUUCAAGCACAGACCGUAAGUUUCACAGUCUCUUACCACUUUACAAUAAAAUGCACGGCAUGCUACGAAGUAAAGGGCAGCGAGUGUCUGCCCUGGCAAUGCAGGCAUUCGUUCAAAGGUCACAAAACGCUCACACAACCUGAACAUGCUAGCCAAUUCAAGUAGAAGGAAAACUCAGGGCCUCGGCUCCCCUUGAGUCAUCAUGCAUCUCUACUACACAGAACCCCCAUACUGCAAAAGAACCAAUAAGAACACAAAGUAUUUGCGCUUCCCUCUGUCCACACAUGUCUGCACACAGCAGAUCUGGACAUUGAAGUAUUCCUGUCAGUCCCCAGCUGCAUCAUUUACAUCCUGAGGCGCUAGGCAUGCGAGUGGUGUUCAGUCAACUUUAAAACCAUCCUCGCCUUUCGUAUGAUGACUGCUUUUCUGGCGACGAGAUCAGGGAAGGCGUGUCUGUCGCCAAAGUUGCAAAGCUUCAGAGCGAGGUCGAAGCGGCAGAGGCGAUGCUAAGGAAUUUAAAGUUCAAAACAGGCUGCCUCAACAUACCAUCACAUAUGGAAACUGAAGUUUAUUUUGAAAACCCUAAAAUGUACGUCUCACCCUGGUAACGUGUGUGACUGUACCCAUCUGGUACAGUUGCAAUGCCGUGACAUAUUUAUGGUAAAAUCCCUCCGAAAUGGCGGGCCACAUUGAAGUAUUGCGUCGUUUAUCAGGCAACCACGAUAUCAAGAAACGUUACUGCAGAGGCAGAAAUUAAUGAUGCUUUGCUGAGGUGGCUCGUUCGUCCUCUUAGGAGACGCUGGUGGCGGAUGCGAGUGACAAAGGUUGAGAAGGACAGAGUGCCUGGUCCUCUCGAAUACACAAGAUGGUGAUCCCAACACUGCUUAAACAGAAGGUGUCGUGUAUACGUUUUUACCGACGAAUGAUUUUGAUUUCACCAGGAUUGGUACAUUGCAUGAUGGAGGCCGCAUGGUUCAAAGAAGCAUCUCUGUGAAGGUGUUCAACUCUGCAUCAGGCUCACAAGCUCGUACCCGCAGAGCGGGUCCAGAUCAAGUUGCUCGUCAAGAAUUAGCGACAAGACGACUCAUUCAGCGUACGAAACCCACGAGAUUUCACAAUCGACACAUCUAAGAGGACACAAUCACAAAACUUCUACCUGUUCAUCGCCGAACAGCGCUUCUGCAACCUCCUUCCUCAAUGCGCCGGAGUCUCGAGACGCGCAGGGGCACGUAUCCUAUUCACACAUUGUUGUGAAGCGGAACAAGCAAGCGGAUCUUCCUCAAAAUAAGGCAGCUGCGCCGACGGUUAUUAACCAACUGACAAAAAGCAUGGAGUCACGUCUCUGUGACACACCAAUUGCGGAGUCCUCCCUCCGCGAGCAGAAAGACCCACCAGGUGCCGCAUCCUAUCCAGCAUCGAUGGGAGUGCGGUUACCACGUCCAACCCCGCCAGAAACUGCUCAUAAUGUGACCGCUGUAGAAAGGCGGCUCCUCCGGCUCUUGCCUGGUUCGGUCCCAGAAACCCGUAGCAGAGAAGUAUACACUGUCCCCAGAGAAGUUAGAUGGGAGAAAGAAACCAAGUCUGUCCCAGUGGACAGACCUCCAGAACGCUCUGGCGUCCGUGAAAAGAGCAGCUCUAUAAAGGCGGCAGUCUGUGCGGCAACACAGAGUAUUAUACCAGCACGUGCACCAUCUUACAGCAGUCCUCCAGACACACUUUUUGGCGCGGAUGGAACAAUCCGUUUGCAAAAAGUGGGGGGUGCCGCAACAGACGAACUGACGUCACAGGGCAAAAGUUCGUCUUUAAUGUCGGAGCUUCCAGGCCCCAGUGGUCCACGGGAUCUCCAGGAGUCAAUUGCUAAAACUUCCAAAGAAAAAGUACAGACGCAAAAUGGAUUGUUAAGCUUCACCCGAGCAGACAGAGCCACCGGAGAUCCGUUAAGAGAUGACGCUCCGGUUACCUGUCGGAUCACGCUUUCGGGCUUACAAGAUCUCAAUGAGAUCGACUUGUCCGCAAUAGCCCGCGACAACAAACAAGCAUACACUGGUGGGGAUUCCCUGAACAUGGCAUCGGGUUCUAGUCCACGGGUACUACUUACAAGCUGUAGCGCCUCCACGGGUCAUUGUCAGCUUCCUGAUUCCCAGCGUCAUAAGUAGCAGAAUUCCUGCUAGCAAGGGUGUUCUGUCUUCAGGGCGAGCCAAAAGAAUCGGCGCCGAGGUCAGACACAGAGGUACGUCAAGUCGUCUGUGGUUGUCUCCCGUAGACUAAUGAGACAAAGAGAUGAACUCACCGUGUAAUAAACGGUUGUCCAAAGCAGCAACCUGAGUCUAGUACAGAACAGACUCCGAGACCAGCAGACACGCCGCGAUUGUUUUGAUGACAGUCAUGAAGCAUUAUAAACCGAAGCACACAUGCACACACAUUCUGUGAUGUUUCAUCAUGAUGAGCAGCGCCGCCACCAGAGGAACUGGAGACAAUUACAAAGACGUCACCGUAAUAGAACGCCUCCCUUGUACAACCUUGACGGAUGAGUGGUAUUGAAACGUAUUCACAAUGUCAAUGCUAUAAAAAUGCAUAUAUUCAUAGCAUUUCGGAGAAAACAAUAGCUAUUAUGUCGCUUAUUUCCUUGCAAUUCACCCUCUCGCUUUUCUGCAAGCUUGCUUGUACGUUCGGAUAAAAUCGCCCGACAGAGCAGGUCCCGUACCACUCCGGCCCAAAGAGACGAGUUUCCGC